CGGGGCGCGUGUGUCCGAGCGGGUAGAAAACAGGCUGUGUGUGUGUGUGUGUUGAGACAGCGCGAGCAGGGGCUGGGCGUGUGUGUAUCUGUGUGUGUGUGUGUGUGCACGCGUGCACCCGCGGCGGUGUGUGUGUGUGUGUGUGUGUGUGUGCGCGUGUGCCCGGCGUGCGGGCGCGGGGGGAGCCGCCCGUGCCCACGUGGGGCUGACGCGCCGGCGGCGGCUCGGGGCUGAGCCGGGUAUAAAGGCGGCGGCAGCCCGCGGUGGAGGCGGCAGCGGCUCCGGCUCCGGCUGCAUCCGCAUCCCGCACCCCGCACCCGCACCCCGCAGCCCCGUCCCGCCGCAUCCCGCUGCCUGCCCGCCCGCCCGCCUGCACAGGUGAGCUGCCCUGGGCGCUGCCCGCGGGCCCGGGGGAGCGGCGGGGCAGGGCAGUGCCCGCGGGGUGGAUGCUCAGCCUGGAGACCCCGUUCACGGCGCGUGGCGGGCACUUCGCGGGGUCCAUGGAGUACCAGCGCCAGCCCGGCGCCAACGGGAGCCUCAACGGCAGCACGGCGGGGCCACGAGCGGGCACCCCCUACCCCCUGCACGUCACGCUGGCGCUGGUGGGCCUGGCGGGGCUGCUCAUGCUCGUCACGGUCUUCGGCAACGUGCUGGUCAUCAUCGCCGUCUUCACCAGCCGCGCCCUGAAGGCGCCGCAGAACCUCUUCCUGGUGUCACUGGCCUCGGCUGACAUCCUGGUGGCCACCCUGGUCAUCCCCUUCUCGCUGGCCAACGAGGUGAUGGGCUACUGGUACUUCGGCAAGGUGUGGUGCGAGAUCUACCUGGCGCUGGACGUGCUGUUCUGCACCUCGUCCAUCGUGCACCUGUGCGCCAUCAGCCUGGACCGCUACUGGUCCAUCACGCAAGCCAUCGAGUACAACCUCAAGCGCACGCCGCGCCGCAUCAAGUGCAUCAUCGUCAUCGUCUGGGUCAUCUCGGCCGUCAUCUCCUUCCCGCCGCUCAUCUCCAUCGAGAAGAAGAGCGGGCAGCAGGCCGACCAGCGGGCAGCGGGCUGCAAGAUCAACGACGAGAAGUGGUACAUCAUCUCCUCCUGUAUCGGCUCCUUCUUUGCCCCCUGCCUCAUCAUGAUCCUGGUGUACAUGCGCAUCUACCAGAUCGCCAAGAGCAGGACCCGCGUGCCGCCCGGGCGGCGGGGGGAGCCCUCGGAGAAGAGGCAGAACGGGCUGGCCGACAAGGAGGCGGCGCCCACCACCACCAAGCUCAACGGGGAGAAGGCGGCGGGUGGAGAGGACCAGGAGAGGGAGGUCAAUGGCUUAGACAUGGAGGAGACGUCCUCUUCCGAGCACCAGGAGACCCACCCGAGCAAGAAGCAGGAGAAGCCGCCGAGGGGCAAGGCCAAGACCAAGCUGAGCCAGAUUAAGCCGGGGGACAACUUGCCCCAGCAGGCGGAGGAGGAGAGGAAUGCCAAAGGGUCCCGCUGGCGGGGGAGGCAGAACCGGGAGAAACGCUUCACGUUCGUGCUGGCCGUGGUGAUCGGGGUCUUCGUCGUCUGCUGGUUCCCCUUCUUCUUCACCUACACGCUCACGGCCGUGUGCAAGAGUUGCUCCGUGCCCGAAACCCUCUUCAAGUUCUUCUUUUGGUUCGGCUACUGCAACAGCUCCCUGAACCCCGUCAUCUACACCAUCUUCAACCACGACUUCAGGAGGGCCUUCAAAAAGAUCCUCUGCAGGAUAGACCGGAAAAGGAUCGUGUGAUGAGAGACCGGUGCAGGACUUGGCCACGUGAGAGAGAGAAACACAGGUCCCUUGGGCUGGUUUUGCAGGUGGGGUCAUCCCCUCCUUUUCAAAACUGAGAUGAGACGAGCUCUUAAAACACCGGGCAGCAAAAACCACAGGAGCGACGGCAGGCAAGUGAGGCACAGCCUCGGCGGUUGGGGUUUGCAAGCGGAUGGCUUUUUACUUGCUGAUCAAAUCAGUGGAUACAUUCGUGACUCAAACGCUUGCCCCUUGAAAAACUAAAAUGAAACGCUGACAUCCACGCCCGAGAGAGGAUUGCACAGCCCCGGAGGCACAGAGGUUUUUUUUUCUUUUUCUUUUUGGAUGUGUAGUUUAAAGUUUCAAAUCCUUGUAUAAAAAAACAGUAUUGCAUCCUGUAUGUCUUAAUUUUUGUAAGGCCAUCGGCUUUGAAAUGAAUGCUUUCGAUAUUCUCAACACCUUGAAGCAUUAAACAAGAAAACCACCAAGAUUACUGGAGCCAUCUCAUCAACUCAGCAGUCUGAUAGUAUUAUCAAGAUUUUCAAACAUGCUCUCGGAUUUUGGGGUAUAAAGCUUGUAAAGGCAGACCUGACAAUAUUGGGCAUUGUUGGGGUUUUUUGAUAUGUAUCUUCUUACAGGGAAAAAAAAAAAAAGGAAAUCCAACAUCCUGAAGACAAUUUUCUGAAGGAUAGUAAAAGGAGAAGAAAAAAAAAAAUUCCUCCUUCUCUGCCAUUCCCAAUAAACUACUGGGAAAAAACAAACUUUUACAGCUUUAUUUCAUAAUGACAGGUCAAAGAAAUGAAUUGGAAAAGGGAAAGUUUGUUGAAAUCUCCUUAGUGCCAACUGAAUCGGAUGAGACGGGAGAUGCCAAAUGCACAGACGCAGACCUGAAGGAGGGAAAAAACCCAACUUUCUACGUUGACGUGCAUGGUGUUCAUUUUGCUCUCUGGGUUUUGACUUUGUAAUGAGCUCCCAGGGGCCCGUGCUGCCCCGGGGGUCGGAGAGCAAUGUUUACAUUCAUUUAGGUUUUCAAAAUCGAAUCCCUCGAGAGGCGAGGGGGGGAAAAACCCCCUCCCUUUCCUCUACCUUUUAAAGAAAAAAAAAAAAGUCAGCAGACGUUGCUAUAAUGGAUUAUUAUUUUUAUUAAAUAAAGAAAAGUUUACAGAUCAAAUGUAAAA